AUGACCAGCUUAGAGGUGUCUGUGGAGAAUGUUGAGAAUGAGGAGCAACAAUUGAAAUGGAGCGGAGAGCAGAGCACACCUCCAUCUGAACAGGAGGUCGAUCAGAAUUGUGGACCUUCAGAUGCAGACAAGGCCAACAUGACCCCAAAGGACAAGAAAAUGAGUGGUGCACUACAAUCAUUGAUGAAACAGAUGGUAUCAAGCAAACAGCCAUUCUACCGUAUGAGUUUGCCCAUCUGUUUCUCCGAGCCCCGCUCACUCCUGGAGAAGUUCACAGACAUGGGAAGAUACAUGGAGUUGUUCAUUCAGGCAUCAAAGCAGGACAAUGAGGAAAAGAGAUUCUUGGAGGUGAUCAAGUUCUACUUGUCAAGUUGGUUGGUCCAGCAGGAUGUAAGGACACCAUUCAAUCCAAUCAUUGGAGAGAUAUUCAAUGGUAAUUGGACACAUGGGGAUGGUUCCACCACAGAGUAUAAUUCCGAGCAGAUCUCACAUCACCCGCCAUCUUCAGCCUUCUGUUACACAAAUGUCCAGAACGGACUGGUCUUCCACUCAUACCUCUCGCCAACAUCCAAGUUCUGGGGCAACUCAUUCGAGAGCUCGAUGGAGGGCAAGCUCGUGAUGGAGCUACCCAGACGCGGCGAGGAGUACGUCGUCGACGUGCCAAAGAUUGCCGUGAGGGGCGUUGUCCUGGGAACGAUGGCCACCGAGGUCAUUGGCUCGACGACGCUGGCCUGCAAGAAGACUGGCUACUUUGCCGAGAUUGAGUUCAAGGGCAAGGGCAACCUGUUUAAGAGCAAGCACUUUAUGACGGCCAAGAUCAGACAUCCAUCAAACAAGAGGUCGCUGUACAGUCUGGAGGCGGGAUGGGAUGGCAAGAUCAACAUCAUCACGACAAAGACCAACGAGACAUCGUUGUUCUUUGACAUCAACGCAUUCACCACCUCAGAGAUUGUUGUGCCGGCGGCCAGUGAGCAGUCGGACAACUUCUCGAGGAAGGUUUGGAGCGGUGUAACAUAUCACAUCAACGCCGACAAUGAGGAGGAGGCGCAAACACAAAAGUACAAGGUGGAGGAGAUCCAACGCCAGGCUGCCAAGGAGCGCGGCGAGGGUGCCGAAUGGAGUCCAUCCACCUUCCAAAAGUCAACCGAAAGCAACACUCACAAUUCAUAUAUAUUCAAGAAGUUGGCCAACAUCAAACUGGACAUGAUGGCUUCCAAGGGUUCAUCAUGA